AUGAAGUACGUUGGUACAGAAGACCAAGUAGCCGAUGUAUUCACCAAAGGGCUGAAUCUUUCAAAAUUCGAAGAGUUUCGAACACUUCUUGGGAUGGUUCGAGAAGAAAACGCUGCAAAGCUACUCCCCAUCAAGAAUAAAACCAUCAUACUGUACGACUGGAGUGGCCGGCUCCUCCCUGCCAUUGCAGUGGCAAUGGCUCACCUCGCCGGCAGCGUUGCUGCCUUGCUUCUCGUCGUCUUCCACGUCUCCGCUACCUCUGGAAGCAGUGGCGGCGGCGUUCUUGGGCGAAAGGCGGGCAGCAUCGCCACCGCCGACGAGCAGUCGCCGGCGGUGGAGGAGGCGGCCGGGAGGUACGCCGUCAUCUUCGACGUCGGGAGCAUGGGCAGCCGUGUGCACGUCUUCAUGUUCGACAAGAACCUCGACCUUGUCCCGAUCGGCGACGACAUCAAGUUCUUCUCCAAGAUAAAGCCCGGGCUGAGCUCAUUUGCAGGGAAACCUCAGGAGGCCGCGAACUCUAUACUGCCCCUUCUUGAGCAGGCUAAGAAGAUUGUCCCUCUCCGGCUUCAGAAAAGUACUCCGCUCAAACUUGGGGCAACAGCUGGCCUAAGGUUAAUCGGAGACGAGAAGGCAGAGGAGAUUCUUGAAGCGGGCCGAGAUCUUGUGCACACCAAGAGCAAAUUUCAGUACAAUCCCAAAUGGAUCAGUGUUCUCGAAGGAACUCAAGAAGGACCUUACCUAUGGGUUACUCUGAAUUAUCUGCUAGGUAAGUUGGGAGGGGACUACUCGAAGACGGUUGGUGUGAUCGAUUUGGGGGGUGGAUCAGUACAAAUGUCAUAUGCCAUUUCCGCGAAUGCUGCUGCAAAUGCCCCAGCUGUACCUGAUGGGAAGGAUCCAUAUAUUACAAAGGAGUACCUCAAGGGAAAAGAUUAUAAUCUCUAUGUUCACAGCUAUUUGUACUAUGGCAUGUCUGCUGUUCGAGUAGAGAUCCUGAAGGCAAAGAAUGGGCCAUUUAGCCACUGCGUAUUGCGUGGGUUCAGUGGUAUAUACAGUUACAAUGGGAAGGACUAUGACGCAACAGCGUCACCUGAAGGCGCAGUGUAUGAUAAGUGCAGAGAAGAGAUAAUAAAGGCACUAAACAUGAGUGCACCAUGUAAUGCAAGGAACUGCACCUUUAAUGGCGUCUGGAAUGGAGGCGGUGGAGCUGGCCAGGACGAUCUCUACGUUGCAUCUUUCUUCUUUGACAAGGCUUCACAGGUUGGCUUCAUUGACAGUGAGGCACCCAGCGUGAAGUCCACCCCAUUGGCAUUCAAAGCUGCUGCAGAGAAAGUUUGUUCACUGAGCGCUGAUGAAGCCAAAGCAGGGUACCUUGAUCUCUAUGAUGUGCCAUACAUAUGCAUGGAUCUCAUCUACCAGUACACAUUGCUUGUGGAUGGCUUCGGUUUGGCUCCAACAAAGGAGAUUACUUUGGUGUCUAGAGUGAAGUAUGGAGAGUUCUAUGUUGAGUCAGCAUGGCCUCUGGGGACUGCCAUUGCAGCUGUUGCACCCAAGAAGAUGAACCAGGAUGCAUAA